UGCGCGCGUGGAAACCCCUCUCUUCUCUCGUCAAAAAAUUUGCACUGAAGAAGCUACAAAUAAAAUAUUCCAAAAUUCAAGUACGACUACUACUGCCACUUCGCUAAUCCGACGCUUUUACUCUCCGCUUCGAAUCUCUCACUCAAACAAAAAAAUCCAAUCGAAUCGAGAAAAAUAAAUAUCAAAUUUCUUUUUCAUUUUUUUAAUUUUCUUUCUCAGUUAUUAGGUUGAAUGGAGCUGUUAGAUGGAAACUUAGAGCUCAAAGAGGUUCAAAAGCUCCAAGGCCACACCGAUAGGGUUUGGAGCCUCGCCUGGAAUCCCGCCACCACCGCCACCGAUGUUCCAGCGGUUUUCGCUUCUUGUAGCGGAGAUAAGACCGUUCGAAUCUGGGAGCAGAGCCCCUCCACACGUUCCUGGGACUGCAAGGCUGUUUUGGAAGAAACGCACACUAGAACGGUCCGGUCUUGUGCUUGGUCACCUUCUGGGAAAUUGUUGGCCACUGCAAGCUUUGAUGCUACCACAGCUAUAUGGGAAAAUGUUGGGGGUGACUUUGAAUGUGUUUCCACUUUAGAGGGUCAUGAAAAUGAAGUGAAGAGUGUAUGUUGGAAUGCAUCAGGUUCUCUUCUUGCGACAUGUGGGCGAGAUAAAACUGUUUGGAUUUGGGAAGUGAUGCCAGGGAAUGAAUUUGAGUGUCUUCAAGUUUUGCAAGGCCAUACUCAAGAUGUGAAAAUGGUUCAGUGGCAUCCUACUAUGGAUAUUUUGUUUUCUUGUAGUUAUGAUAACACUGUCAAGGUUUGGUGGUCAGAGGAUGCUGAUGGCGAUUGGAGCUGUGUACAAACUUUAGGUGAAUCUAGCAAUGGUCACUCUUCCACCGUUUGGUCACUUUCUUUUAAUGCUAAGGGGGACAAAUUGGUAACUUGUAGUGAUGAUCUUACCCUGAAGAUAUGGGAAGCAGACAUCAUAAGGAUGCAAUCUGGUGAUGGUUAUGCGCCCUGGUGAGAAAUAUGCCCCCCCCCCCCCCCCCCUCCCCCCACGGCUUAUGACUGUUACAGGGAUGGAAUUAUUGCAAGUGGAGCAGCUGAUGAUGCUAUACGGUUGUUUGUAGAGAGCAAAGAUGGCUUGAUGAAUGGACCUUCAUAUCAAUUACUAUUUAAGAAGGAGAAGGUCCAUGACAUGGACAUAAAUUCAGUACAAUGGUGCCCUGGGGAAAAGCAUCUACUUGCUUCUGCAAGUGAUGAUGGGACGAUAAAGCUUUGGGAGCUGGCAACUUUGCCCUGAUCAAAAUUUUGUUAAAUUCGUUUCUUUAUUCUUCUUUUAUAAUACCUCUGGGGUUUACAUAUGUAUGAUUUCAUAAAUUUGAAUAAGUGAUCUUGUAAUGGUUGUUGUGGAUUUGACGAAGACAAAGUCAAGAAAUCAAAUAUUAUUUGUUAAGGAAAACAUGGCUGAAAU